GUAAACCCUAAAUUAGCAUUGCGCUAUUUUAACAGCGAAAUGUUCCGAGUUUAAAAGGGCAGCGUUUUCAUACUGGCAGGGUCCACCCAUUCUAACACGCACCCAUAGGGCCUUAGUGUUAAGCUGGGCACCCACCUCACCAAUCUAGUCGAUGGGCUUCUUGAUGGCCCCUACUACCCUUCCAGGUAAGUGGGCUUCACCUUCCUUUCGUAGGUUCUUCAUAGACCUCGCCUCAUGCUUGUUGAUGGGCAAACAACCAAAAUCAAUGCACCAAGUAUCUCUAAGUGAAGAAAGAUGCGAUCUUUUGCUGUUGUGUGUUUCUGAGACUCGUUAACUGUUACUUACUUCCUAAUGAAAGGCUUCUGGCGACCCUUUGCUAGGCUUGGGGGUGUUAGGAGCUAUUCAGUGUUAAGCAAUGAUCAACUGAGAAUUAACGGGGUUAAAGAUGUGAUUGCUGUUGCUUCUGGUAAAGGUGGUGUAGGCAAGUCUACCACUGCAGUUAAUUUGGCGGUUGCCUUAGCUAACAAGUGCGGAUUGAAGGUGGGCGUGCUUGAUGCAGAUGUGUAUGGACCAUCUGUUCCGACCAUGAUGAACAUCCACCAAAAGCCAGAAGUUAAUAAUGAUAUGAAGAUGAUUCCUAUUGAAAACUAUGGAGUGAAGUGUAUGUCAAUGGGAUUCCUGGUGGAUAAGGAUGCACCAAUUGUCUGGAGAGGCCCCAUGGUGAUGAGUGCUCUUCAGAAAAUGUCGAGGGAAGUUGCUUGGGGAGUUCUUGAUAUCCUUGUGGUGGAUAUGCCCCCUGGCACAGGUGAUGCACAACUAACUAUGUCCCAGAAGCUUCAGUUGUCAGGUGCGUUAAUAGUUUCAACCCCACAAGAUGUUGCACUGAUUGAUGCUCGUAGAGGAGUUAGAAUGUUCUCUAAAGUUCAAGUUCCUAUUUUGGGAUUAAUAGAGAACAUGAGCUGCUUCAAGUGUCCACACUGUGGUGAACCUUCGUUCAUCUUUGGUGCUGGUGGAGCCCGUAAAACAGCAGCUGAGAUGGGUUUGCAACUUGUUGGUGAGAUACCCAUUGAAUUGGACAUUAGGAAAGGCUGUGACAAAGGCAUGCCGAUAGUGGUAUCAGCACCUGAUUCCGCUGUCUCCAAGGCUUACCAUGAUGUAGCUCAAACUGUUGUCAUGAGACUUGAGGAUCUGGCAAAGGCAUGAAACUACUCUUGAGGUUGGUCAGUGAAGUUUACUCGUGCCAUCCAUCUCCAUUCCUGUGCUUUCGUGGUGGUGCUUUGUUCAUCUUGAUAUAAAUAAUUUUUGAGUUUGAGCAUUUUUGGUCAUUCGAUGACACUAUUAAGCAUUUGGGACCAUAGUGAUUAGGAAAACUUAUUUGAUGAAGUACACACUCAGACCAGUUUAGCUAGGAGCAUACGAUAACCAGUCUGCAUUUCUGCACUGCAGAUGGAAGGGAUGAGCCCUUGAUCUGUACAUUUUUAUCUGGUCUGUCUUUACAUGGAUGCCGGACACGGUUUCUUGAUUGUUUCAUGUUAAUUUACUAUUCUGAAAAUAGAUGACACUGAAAUGAUUUAAAUUUUCGAAAUUGAAAAAACAUAGGUUGGGUGUUGCAACACUUUUGGUACUUGAGUUUUGAAUCGUUCAAAUAGGCCAAAGAUGUUGAAGUCUUAAAUCAAUGAUACAUUGAAUAAUGUAAUUUGAGCAUAUUUAUAUGCUAUUUUAAUAGCGGUCACUCUUUCUGCCAAAGAAAA